UCACACACGUCAUUAGUCCACUACUCAGCGGGAAGAAACGAACCAUCUUAUCUUGAAUAGAAACGUAUAUCGAGUAGUGUGAGCAAUUCUCGAUUGGAAGCUUUCAUUAUUUCUACGGAAGAGAUGGUACUCACAACACGCAUCAUGAACUCAGCUUUAGCAGUUUUCGCAGUAGCCAUUUUUGCAGUUACCCAGGCCACUAUUUGCACAGUGGAUAACGACUGUGGCACUGGACAAUGCUGCUACAUCAAGCCCGCGUUUGAAGUGGUCAGCAAGAAACGCCAGUCCAUACUUCAGGUCAUCAUGCCCACGGCCAGUGACCACGGUGUUUGCGAGAACUACCACGUCGCCGACAGCGGUUGCUGGCCUUUGGAGACGGAGAACGGUCUCUGCGGCUGCGAACAGGGAACUUCCUGUCAGUUCGUGCCCCUGCCGACCUUGACAAUUGCCCCAGCGUUCUACACCAAAGCAGCUCGGUCCAUAUAUAUACCAGGACCCGGGUCCUUUAAGUGCGUUGCUAAGAGCCCGUGAAUUCUUUCUCUUCUGCCGCAUCGGUACUAAGAUACUUGUUUUCUUUUAUAAAUCGUACUGUUAUGUGAGCAUGAAUAAACACGAAAUAGUGCAAAAUGUU